CGUCUAGUUCAUCUUCCUCCACACAUCAUUCACCACCUCUCUUCUCUCUUAUUCUAUUCUUCACCGCAGCAGCAAUGGCAACUAUCAAGGUCUACGGCCACCCUUUCUCUCCCGCCGCGAGAAGGGUUCUUGUCUGCCUUGCAGAAAAGGACCUCGAUUACGAGAACAUAACGAUCGAUUUUUCAACCGGCCAGCACAAGAAGGAGCCCCUAAUCUCAAUCAACCCAUUCGGGCAGGUGCUGGGAUUCGAAGAUGGCGAUUUGAAGCUCUUCGAAUCUCGGGCCAUAACCAGAUACAUUGCACAUGCCUAUGCCGACAAGGGAACUCCACUAAUCUCGGAUGAUCCGAAGAAGAUGGCAAUCAUCGGACUUUGGCUGGAAGUGGAAUCUCAGAAAUUCGACGCCGCUGUCCAGAAACUGAGCUACGAGAUUCUGGUGAAGCCCAUGAAGAGGAUGGCCGUGGAUGAGGGUGUCAUCGAGCAGGGCCAAGCCGAGUUAGCGGCGGUUCUUGACGUGUACGAGACCCGGUUGGCCAACUCAAAGUACUUGGGCGGCGAAGACUUCUCUCUGGCCGAUCUGCACCACAUUCCGAUCAUAGCCAACUUGUUAAACACCAAGGUUAAGGCCGUGUUCGAGUCUAGGCCCUGUGUCGCCCCCUGGGCUGCCACGCUCUUGGCGCGCCCCUCUUGGAAGAAGGCUACUGGGGCUUAGAAGAUCCAAUUGAUGAUAGCUGAAUCUGCAUAUGCUAUCUAUCAUUGUUGUUGGUUUAGUGUUGAAUGAGUUGGAGACCAUUCUAUCAUUCUCAAUAAACUUUGAUUUUGCA